CUAAUCAUUAUCGUGUGGAAAAUGGAUGGAUGAAUAACAAUGGAUUCCCAUAUCAAAGUCAUGGAACUGGUUAUAUGCGAGGCCUUGCUCUCAAUAAUCCGACCAUCCCACCACAAUGGGAGAAGAAGCAAGAGACUGGGGUUGGAACUAGCGUGAUGGGUCAUGAUCAGUCACUACCAUAUCGACAGGAGGCAGGGAAAGGGAUGCAACUGAAGCUAAGUUCUUACAUAAUGUUCAAUGAUCUUCUCAAGAGUUCCAAAGCUUCCCAAGAGAGCAAAGCGAAGGGGAAGGCCUGGGCGGAUGUUUUGGGGUGCAAGAGUAGUAAUGGUGAUUAUAGAUAUGGAGAUUCGUCCAAGGCUGCAGAGAAGAAGGCUGAUGGGAAUGAUAAAGAUGAGAAUGGUAUCUCUCUUGAGCUGACUCUUGGAUAACAUGAUGACAUGCAUAACCACCAUACUCACAAUUUAGAAAGCUUGACAAUAAUCAUCAAUGGGCAGCACAUAUUAUUGAGCUGAGUUUUGAGCUCUGUCCAGCUGAUCAUC